AUGAGCAACCUCUACAGAACCCUGACCGGCCAAUCGCAAAAGUCGCACCAUUCAGACCAUUCUGUUGGCACAAAUGCCCAUCCGACCUUGACGAGAACCACCACUGCAGACCCUCUAACCGGCACCCUCAAUCAUUUAAACCCGAUCCAGGAACAAAGGCUCCACGAGUUCAAGCAGCGCCUGCAAGAGGGGGGAUGGUGGUCGCCCGAUGGUGUUAAUGGCAAGCCCACUCACGAUGACGGGACUUUACUGUACGAGAUCACAUCUGGAUUCAUCCGAUACUUGCGCGCCCGGAAGUUCGAUGUCCAAGGGGCAAUUGGACAGUUCACCGAGACGGAGGCCUGGCUCAAAGAGCAGCGGGUAGAAGAGCUGUACGAUAAUUUUGAUAUUGAGGCCUAUGAGAAGGCGCGGCUUAUGUAUCCCCAAUGGACUGGCCAUCGGGACAGACGAGGCAUUCCUAUCUACGUCUACGUGAUCAAGGGACUGGACAGCAAGAACGUGCAAAGAUACCAGAAAGACUCGCAGGCCUACAAAGACAGCCUACCGAACCACAAGAAUCUCGCGACGCCCGCCAAACUCCUCCCUCUAUUCGCCCUAUAUCAGAACCUACUCAACUUCGUGCUGCCCCUCGUGUCCACGCUCGAGAGACCGAAUCCUGAAGUCCCCGUGACUAACUCGACGAAUAUUGUGGAUAUUUCGGGCGUAGGAUUGACGCAGUUCUGGAAUUUAAAGGCGCACAUGCAGGACGCCUCUGUUUUAGCAACGGCGCAUUACCCGGAGACCUUGGACAGAAUAUUUAUAAUCGGCGCUCCUGCGUUCUUUCCGACUGUCUGGGGUUGGAUCAAACGCUGGUUUGACCCUGUAACCGUCUCCAAGAUCUUCAUUCUCAGCAAAAAUGACGUGAAACCCACCUUGGCCAAGUUUAUGGAGCCAAAGGACUUUCCUAAACGUUACGGCGGUGAUCUCAACUGGGAUUGGGGUGACCUGCCACAUCUGGACGAUGAGACCCGUACCGCUCUGGAAAGAGACGGGAAUAAAGGCUGGGUCAGGGGACCCUGCCUUUGGCUCGACGGGCAGAGAGUGCCCGUCGGAUCGGAAAAGGGCAAACUCAGGCGGCCAAAUCUCGACAUCGAGAAGAUGAAACCAGUUGUGUACGCGGCCGAUUACACAGAAAAUCCCGUCCACCCGGACAAAAAGGUAUCUUCGGGUGCAAAGACGCCGAUCCCCAACGGAACAGCGUCGCCGCAUCAUCAAGCUGAAGAGGCUGCAGAGGCCGCUGCGAGAGGAGCUACGGCCGCGAAUCUGAUUGCAACCCAGACAACGUCAGACCAUGAAGCACAGCUAUCACAGACAACAGCACCACAAUCACAACCCGAACCCAUAUCAGAACCGCAUCCUCAUCCGCCGUCACAACCCGAACCCGGUCCUCUUCCCGCCCACUCCCUCGCCAUGACGUCCGCUAUCGAAGAAAAACUAGCGCAAGAAUCAAUUUCAACCAUUCCGCCCACCGCCAACGGUCACAUGAAUGGCCACACCACGGCCCCCGGAGAAGGAAACCCGGAAAUGCUUGUGGCAAGCGACACGAGUAAAGGGCUGGCGAUCGAGGCCGAGAAAUUGAAGAUUUCAGACGCGGGAAAAAGAGACGGAGAGAGCGAGAGGCCGGUCAUGGAGAGGUUCGUGACCGCGACGGAAGUGUAA